GGAGCAUUCACUAAUGGAACAGUUUGUAGCAAGGGAAAGGUUAAUUAUUCACAAUUUUGAAGAUAGAAUAUUGCCAUGAUUAUAAUAUUUUGGUCGAGCAAUCACAGUUGUGUCUGCGGAGAUUUGUGUAUGGUAUUUAUCAUAGUACUUAAUUGCACUUCUCUUUUUUCCACACCACUUAUGUCCUAAACAAAUACCCACAAAACCUCACUCUGUAAAAUAUAUCUCAAAACACAUCCAAAGACUACAGCUUGUAUAUACGAUACUAUCAUUACUUUCCACCCAGGCAACUUUAUAAAUAUGGAUGGAAACAAUUCUAACAUUGGCGAUAACUCCUUUUUGGUUCUCGUUAAGCACAUACGUCCAAAGUCGGAGAGAUUCAUUACCACGGCAACAGCACCACUCAUGGCGCCACUUCCUUCUCUUGCACCAGCCAGAGAUGAAAACAAGUGGACUACUAGAACUAAAGGGCUCAGCCCUAAAGAACGAUCCAAUUUAAUCAUCGAUUACUAUGCAGAAGCGGUGUUAUCCAAGCACAAAAAUCAAGAAAGAGAUGCUUAUCCUGUAAAAGACAGUAAAUCUGAUUUGGAAGGGGAAAGACCACUGUGUGAAUGCGAAAUGGAAGCAUUGUCCAACGAAGUGCUUCAGAGGCAGGAAACAGAAGGCCAAGCUAUUGACCGCGAUACCAGCAUGUUUCCGAGCAAACAGGGUGAUCUUAUCAAAGACGGAGAUGUCGCUGAAGACACCAAUUCUACUCAGAACACGAACGAUAAUCGACCCUGUAUUCAUAUUGACAUGGCUGACGUGGAAGAGAAGGUGGCAGUCUUAGACACUGCAGAAUUAGGGGCAAUGGAAGAGAGAAAGCAACAGGAGAGUCGAAGUCUAGCCGAGCAGACUCUAUUGCAUCUCCCAGAGAGGGAAAGGCAACUGGAAGAAGAACUGAAGCAUUCUGCGGGUAUGAAGGAGAGUCUCUUGGAGAAGCUAGAAAGUGAUACACCAUUAACUUCAAAGUUUGAGGCGCUGGAAAUAUUCUUCGAUGCGGUGGGAGAGGAGACUGAGAAGGUAAAAGGUUGGACAAAAGAACUUCGGGAAGCGGAGGCGGAUCUUGAUCGUGGUUAUAUUGGAGACGGUGAGGAGGAAACACCAAGCGAAGAGGCGCAUGCCCAUGAACAGGACAUAUUAGAGACAAGUACAAAAAUGACAUUAUCGCAAGCAGAAGAUAAUGAACAGAUCAUCAGCAAAGCCUUAACUAAAUUGCACGUAAAGGAAGGGAGCGUCGAGGACGAAGCGCAGGGAGCCCAGGCAAGUUUACACGCGAAGACAGAGGAGACAGAUACAGGCGUCAUGAUAUACCUCACAGCAGCUCGAGCAGUCCAAAAACUACGAUUAGAAAAUUGCAGUAGCUGUAGUGUAACUGGCUCGGACACUAGUGACUAUACCGGUGUUGGGCCAUAUUCACCAACCAAAGACAAAAAUGCCACAGAAGCCUGUACAGCAGAAGAAUUUGAGAUUUUCUCGCCACCUACGUGCAAUUAAUCUAUAGCGAAGACGGGGGUGGAGCGUGAAUAUGAGAAUUUGAAAGUUUUGAGCACGCAAACGUUGUACAUUAGCGCUGCAGAAAUAGAAUGCCUGCGGGACUUUAGCCAAUAGAAGAAGGACAAAACCUGAAGGAACACCAUGCAUUUGUUCUGCACAAAGGUUGAAUUAAAAUCGAAUGUUUUCUUUAUUCCUAGCCCUACCCUUACUCACCAACGCCAUUGUAAUGUCCAAGCACGG